AUGGCUUACAGUUCAAAACAAAUCUUAGGCAAAGAUACUGUGAUAUUUGCCACCAAAGAAGAUCAUGCCGUUCCACCUGCCAUAGAACUCCCACCGCCAGAACCGGCACAGGGUCUCAUAACAAAAGACGGUGAAAUUAACUGGAGCUGUCCCUGUCUAGGUGGCAUGGCUACCGGACCUUGUGGCGUAGAAUUUCGUGAAGCAUUUUCCUGUUUCCAUAACAGUGAAGCUGAACCUAAAGGUUCAGAUUGUUAUGAAGCUUUUCGUACCAUGCAAGAUUGUUUUACACAAUAUCCUUCGGUGUAUAAUAAAUCCGGCAGCAGUGGUGAUGAUGACGAUGAAGACGAAGGUGGUUUAAAUAUGGCUGCUUUGGGUGAUGAAGUAAAAGAGGAUGAAAAGGCUGCAGUGGAAGCCAGCACAGCAAAGGUGGUGGAAAAGUAAGAUGGAAAAUGUUAGUUUGAUGUUAAUAUGUUUAUAUUCCUGUUAAUAGUUUAAGAGAAUGUAGCGAAGACGCAAUGUUAUGAAAUUGUACGACAUUAAAUGAAAGUUAUUAAUGUUUUUGAAAAGUAUUUUAUAAUAAAAUACUAUUGCCAAUGUGA